AUGCUAGCCCUUCGCAGUGGAAUUUUUUUCUCUCGUCGGAUAUGUGCCAAACAAAUAGUUUAUUCCGAAUAUGGAGAUCCUGUCAAGGUAACAAAAUUGAAAACCGUUGAUCUUCCUGACACUCCUCCUGCUGGACAUGUACGUGUGAAGUGGCUAGCAGCACCGAUCAAUCCAGCAGAUCUGAACACGCUACAAGGGGUUUAUCCGAUAAAACCACCUCUUCCAGCAGUAGGAGGAAAUGAAGGUUGUGGCCGCAUAGAGAAGGUUGGGGAAGGAGUUAAAAAUGUACAUGUUGGUGAUCAUGUUCUACCAGCAAAUGAUGGUCUAGGAACCUGGAGGAGCCAUGGUCAUUACAAAGAAUCGGAAGUGUUCCCGAUAGACAAAGAUUUACCGAUCGAAGCAAGCGCAACUUUGCAGAUUAACCCCCCAACUGCCUAUCGGAUGCUGAAAGAUUUCGUGAACCUGAAGCCUGGUGACACCAUCAUACAAAACGGUGCCAACUCGGCUGUGGGCAGGGCUGUGAUACAAAUAUGCCGCCUACGAGGCAUUAAAUCGGUGAAUGUCAUUCGCAACCGAGAAAAUCUCUCAGAACUCAUCAACGAUUUAAAGGCUUUAGGUGCUAACGAAGUAAUUACUGAUGAACAACUUGCUAAGGAAUACCGUGGCAAGAUCAAGGAUGUACGUUUGGCGCUGAAUUGUGUCGCUGGCAGGUCAGCUUUGCUCCUUGCUAGUACGCUUGGAUUUCGUGGGUGUAUGGUUACUUACGGAGGCAUGAGCAGAAAGCCGUCAGAGGUACCUACUGGUCCACUUAUUUUCAAAGAUAUUCGCUUGGCAGGAUUCUGGCUUCCCCGAUGGUAUCAGGAACAUAGUAGUACUGAGGAGCGGAAGCAAAUGAUCACUGAGCUAAGUGGAUGGAUAAAAUCUGGUGAACUACGCUCGGCCUCAUUUGAGAAACGGUCGAUUGAUGAUCAUGCCGCCGCUCUCGAAGCCGCUGCUGUAAAGUUCGACAAAAAGCAGCUUUUUGGUAGGGAUAGUCCAUUGGGCCUUACGGUCACUCUUAUGCUAGUAGCACUUGCAGUCCGGUCUGACGGAAUAAGUUUCGCAGCGCCCAAAACAUGGCAAUGCAAACAGAUGUUGGCUUUUCGCAAUGGAAUGCUUUUCGCACGUCGAAUUUGCGCUAAACAGUUGGUCUACUCUGAAUAUGGGGAUCCUGCCAAGAUUGUGAAGUUGCAAACUGUUGAUCUACCAGACACACCACCUGCUGGUUAUGUUCACGUCAAAUGGCUUGCAGCACCGAUUAAUCCAGCUGAUUUGAAUAUGAUUCAAGGUGUUUAUCCUAUAAAACCACCUCUCCCUGCAGUAGGAGGUAACGAAGGCUAUGGUCGGGUGGAGAAGAUUGGUGCUGGUGUUAAAAACGUCCAAGUUGGUGAUCACGUUUUACCAGCAAAAGCUGGCCAAGGAAUAUGGAGAAGCGAUGGUCAUCACAAAGAAGACGAAGUCUUUCCGAUAGAUAAGGAUUUACCACAGGAAGCUAGUGCAACUCUACAGGUCAACCCUCCGACCGCUUAUCGGAUGUUGAAAGAUUUCGUGGAUCUAAAGCCCGGUGAUACUAUCAUUCAGAACGGUGCCAAUUCUGCUGUAGGAAAAUCUGCGAUUCAGAUAUGCCGCUUGCGAGGCAUUCGUUCAGUGAACGUUGUUCGCAAAAGGGAGAACCUUUCAGAUCUCGUCAAAGAGUUAAAGGCAUUGGGUGCUGAUGAAGUGAUCACUGAUGAACAACUAGCCAAGGAAUACCGUGGCAAAUUCAAAGAUGUACGUUUGGCGCUAAAUUGUGUAGGCGGUAAAUCAGCCCUACUGCUUGCCACCACACUUGGUUUCCAAGGUUGUAUGAUUCCAACAGGGCCACUCAUUUUCAAAGACAUUCGUUUAGCAGGGUACUGGAUGUCGCGGUGGUAUGAGCAACCUGGCAACACUGAGGAACGUAAACGCAUGUACGCCGAGUUGGGUGCAUGGAUGAAAUCUGGAGAAUUUCGUACUCCCUCAUUCGAAAAACGACGUGUUACAAUGGCUCUCGUGGGUGAUGUGGAACUGCGAAGUGUUGUACGUGUGGAGCGAAUCGGGGCUCACUCUCACAUAAGAGGUCUUGGAGUGGGUCCAAAUCUCGACCCUCAAGACACUGCGGAUGGCAUGGUUGGACAGUUUCAAGCGCGAAAAGCUGCUGCUAUCGUUGUAAAGAUGGUACAGAGCGGCAACAUUGCUGGAAGAGGAGUGCUAAUACAUGGUCAGCGAGGAACAGGGAAAACUGCUAUAGCCAUGGGUAUUGCAAAAGCGCUUGGGAAGGAUACUCCAUUCGUGUCCAUUUCCGCUUCCGAAAUUUUCUCGGUUGAUAUGAACAAGAGCGAAGCGUUAAUGCAAGCUCUACGUAAAGCAAUAGGGGUACGCAUCAAGGAAGAGACCGAGGUUCUCGAAGGUGAAGUUGUUUCUGUGGAGAUGGACAGACCUGCCAGCGGUGUCGGUCCGAAGGUUGGGAAGCUUUCAUUGAAAACAACGGAUAUGGAGACAAUAUACGAUCUUGGUAGUAAGAUGGUUGAUCAAUGUAUCAAGGAGAGAAUCUGUGCUGGGGAUGUUAUUCAGAUCGACAAAAGUUCAGGACGAGUAACUCGAAUUGGUCGAUCGGCAACGCGGUCGCAUGACUAUGAUGCAAUGGGACCGCAGACGAAAUUCGUACCUUGUCCGCGAGGCGAAAUCCAGACAACAAGAGAAACCGUUCACACUGUCUGUCUGCAUGAAAUUGAUGUCAUAAACUCUCGCAGCCAAGGAUUUCUAGCAUUGUUCACUGGAGAUACAGGAGAGAUUAAGAGUGAAGUCCGUGAGCAAAUCAACAAGAAGGUUGCAGAAUGGAGAGAGGAAGGCAAAGCAGCCAUCCAGCCCGGUGUCCUUUUCAUCGACGAAGCUCAUUUGUUGGACCUGGAAUGCUUUUCUUUCCUGAAUCGUGCUAUGGAAUCCGAUCUCAGUCCUUUGCUUAUAAUGGCGACGAACAAGGAACGGGGCAAGGUUCGUGGAACCGACGUGAUUGCCAACUAUUGCCUUCCACCUGAUAUUGUUGAUCGCCUCAUUGGAAUUCCAACAAAGCCGUACACUCCCGAUGAAAUUGGACGCAUUCUGAGUUUGAGAGCUGAUGAGGAAAACGUGAGGAUGGAGGCUAGUGCACUAACUCUGCUGAAAAUGCUAGUGGCCGAGACAUCGAUGCGGUAUGCCAUGCAGAUAAUCGCUUUAGCGGAUUGCCUUAGGGAGCGCAAGAAAAAGCCAAUGGUGACAAAAGAAGACGUCGGCGAAGCGUACAAAAUGUUCUACGACACCAAAAGAAGUGAGCAGUACCUGAAGCAGAACUCGAGCAAGUUUUUGUUGUAA